GUUUACUUCCUGUUCUAUGUGUACUAUUUAUGUACGUGUGUUCUCAAUGUUUUUAGUCUCUAUUAAACUGUCAACUGUAAACCAGUACUGAGUUGGUAACUUAGCGGUGAGUCCAGACCUAGCUAAGUUACGACAUAAAUUGGCGACGAGGAGUUAGAACUCUAUGAUGGCUACAGGACUGCUUGGGCACCUCGAGCAAUUCGAUCCAGCGUUGGAGGAAUGGCCGCAGUAUGUGGAGAGACUCGAACAGUUUUUUGUUGCGAACGAUAUCACUGGAGAUGGUAGUGCUGUGAAGAAGAGAGCUACCUUUCUCGCAGUAGUGGGCCGUAGUGCCUACAAUCUGCUGCGAAGUCUAAUUGCACCAGCAAGGCCUGCAGAGAAAACAUUUGAGGAGCUGGUGGAAGUGCUUACUGCACACUACAGUCCGAGGCCUACCGAAGUCAUGCAACGUUUCCGAUUCAACUCUAGAGCGAAGAAAGAAGGAGAGUCUAUUGCUGACUAUGUAGCUGCGCUGAGGAAGCUAGCCGAAUUUUGUAAUUACGGUGCUGCAUUGGACAAAGUGCUACGUGACAGGCUAGUGUGGGGAGUCAAGGACACCUACAUACAGAAGAAGCUGCUAGCAGAACGAGAGCUGACAUUGGCUACGGCUAUUCAGAUUGCUCAAGGUUCUGAGACUGCAGAGAAGAACCUUCGUGAGAUGGGAAGCGAAUCCCAUAAAGAAGGAGUACAUUACGUCCAGAAACAGACGCCGAAACCGAUUAAAACUAACUCGAAGUGUUAUCGAUGUGGCAAGACGAGUCACAGUGGCAAUGACUGCCCGUACAAGGACUUUGUGUGUAGAGGAUGUCAUAAAGUGGGACACUUGCAAAAGAUGUGUCGAGCUGCCAAGGGACGCCCAAACCCGAAGAAGUUCCCCCGACAUGACAAGUAUAAGAAAAGGGCUGGAAUAAACCAAGCAAGAGAGUCUGGAGAAUCAGAUGACGAAGACUUCCUGCUGAUGGUAGAAGAAGUUGGAGGAAUCCACAGGAUCUACCAGCCCCCAAUAAAAGUACCCGUGAGUAUAGAGGGUACUACUGUGUGUAUGGAACUAGACACAGGUGCCUCAGUAUCUCUAGUAUCAGAGUCACAGUACAAACAGUUGUGGCCAGGGAGGAGCUUAGACCCAUCUGAUAUCAACUUACAGACCUACUCAAAGGAACCCCUUGUAGUAAUGGGAAGUUUUGAUGUUGAGGUUGUGUAUGAUAACAAAAAGGUGACCUUACCUCUUGUUGUUGUUCAAGGGAAUGGACCUUUGUUGUUUGGCAGGAACUGGCUAAAUGCUAUUAAGUUGAAUUGGUCUAACAUUCACUAUACCCAAGCUCCAGGUUUACAGGACUUACUGGCCAAGUACCCCGAUGUGUUCCAGAAAGGACUGGGUACGUACCAGGGACAAGAAGCCUCCCUUGUAGUGGACGCUGAUGCUGUUCCCCGUUUUAACAAAGCCAGACGUCUUCCAUAUGCUAUGCGAACGAAAGUUGAAGAGGAACUGGAGAGGCUGGUUCAGGAAGGCACUCUGAAGCCCGUGGACUAUGCUGAAUGGGCCGCACCAAUUGUGGCAGUGUUAAAGAGUGAUCGAACGAGUGUGAGAAUAUGUGGCGAUUUCCGAAUGACAGUUAACCCCGUUUCUAAACUCCAUCGUUACCCCCUGCCGAAGGUGGAAGAUUUAUUUGCAACCCUGGCUGACGGAAAGAUCUUUACUAAAUUAGAUCUGACACAAGCUUAUCAACAGUUAAAGCUUGACACCCAAUCUCAGAACUAUGUGGUAAUCAACACCCUAAAAGGGUUGUUCCAAUACACGAGAUUACCUUUUGGAGUGUCAUCAGCCCCUGGCAUUUUUCAGAAGACCAUGGAGACCCUGCUACAGGGUAUUGCUGGGGUAGUGGUGUAUUUGGACGACAUUUUGAUCUCUAGUGCAACCGAAGCGGAGAACCUGAAAUCACUCGAGGAAGUGUUGAAACGCCUAUCCGAAGCUGGUUUGCGAGCCAAACGAGGCAAGUGCACGUUCAUGGCUCCAUCUGUCCCUUACCUGAGAAAGUCUGUGCUGUCCAGCAAGCACCUACCCCUACCAAUGUGA